GGCGGCCGUGACGUGGCAUUACGCAAGCGCACAGCCGAAAAGGUUUCCUGACACUCGACGAGCAUCACACCGAAAAUCUUCAGACAUUAGGAUAAACCCCGUAGUUGUAGGCGAUUUGUGUCUUUCAUCAUGGGCCUGACUAUCUCCUCGAUCUUUAGCAGGCUGUUCGGGAAGAAACAGAUGAGAAUUCUCAUGGUGGGGCUGGAUGCUGCCGGCAAAACCACAAUACUGUACAAACUCAAACUUGGAGAAAUUGUGACCACCAUUCCAACCAUAGGUUUUAAUGUAGAGACUGUUGAAUAUAAGAACAUCUGCUUCACCGUGUGGGAUGUGGGUGGCCAGGAUAAAAUUCGUCCUCUCUGGAGACACUAUUUUCAGAACACACAGGGUCUGAUCUUUGUGGUGGACAGCAAUGACAGAGAGAGAGUGGCCGAAUCUGCAGAAGAGCUUUCUAAAAUGUUGCAGGAAGAUGAACUGAGGGACGCCGUGGUGCUGGUUUUCGCAAACAAACAGGAUCUGCCUAACGCCAUGGCUGUCAGUGAACUCACAGACAAACUUGGACUGCAGAAUCUACGCAGUAGAACGUGGUAUGUCCAAGCGACCUGCGCUACACAGGGCACUGGACUCUAUGAAGGACUGGACUGGUUAUCCAAUGAGCUCUCCAAACGCUAGUGAGCCUAUUAGAGGUGAGAUGGUGCAUAUGAACCAAUGGAAAGGCUAGAGACUCCUCUUAGAAUAUUUAAGUGUGUGAAACAGCUGGAAACUGGGGAGAAACCAUCAAACACUCUGCGGCUGUCUUAGCUUUCUUUUUCUACAAUAUACUUCUCUGCCCAAGUCUAUUGAUUUCAUUUCUUAUUAUUAUUGUUUUAAAUCCAAAAAAUUUUGUGUGAGGUAAAAUGUUUUGAGGGACCUUCCUUCGCUGUGGCUUUUUCAGUUUCUCAUGCAAAGCCAAAAACACUGGAGCCUCUGAUCAGUUAACAGGGUUAUUGGUUUUGCUUUAGUUUGAUCAGCGUUGUUUAUCUGUGGAUUUGUUGUCAAACUCACUGGAGAAUCUCUGGGGUUAGUAAUAUUUCAGAACUGGACUUUAUCUGUGGAGUUGCUUGGCGAAUCAACGCCAUGCCUGUUCCGUCAGUCCUUAUAGAUAAGACGCUGUGUAAAGUUUGUUAAAUUAUAUUAUCCACUGUAGUGCCAUGGAGUCCUGUGGUCCUUCUAAAUAUUAUCCUUGUCUGCAUGAGUUUACUUCAUUCUGGAUCUUGGUUGAAAUUCUCCUCAUCAACAGCACAUGGCAUGAAAUGGUUAAGUUUCUAUUACUAGGUUAGAGCCCCCCCAGAGUUAAAGGGAACAUGAUAUUCUUCGAUGCAAUUCAGUUCUUUCCAUUUAGAAUUUAAAAUUGAAAUCAAUUGAUGUGUUUUAUGUUCGUCAUGCCAUGUGGAAUGAUUUGCUCAGGCGUGUUUCUUGAGCUUCACAUUAUUUAUGUCUGGAUCUGAAAGAAAAUUUUAUGUAUUGAUGAAUUCCAAUUCUGGUUCUAAAAAUUCUAAAAUUGUUUGCUUUCCUAAAUGGAUGUGUAACGGAUGCAAUCUAUUUUACCCUAUUAUCAUGACAAAUUUGUUUGUGUAUUAUAUAUUAUGUAUGAUAUUGUUUUAGAAUAAAACAUAAUCAUGAACUUA